UCCCCCGAUGUCUUCCACCUCACCGCACCGGGAAAGGGGGGGGCGAGCUCAUCCAGGCUGAGUGGACGGCCGACAGCCAAUCAGCUGGCAGCACACCGACUCUGUCAUCCGGCUUAGAUAUUGAGGAAGGAUUCACAGCUCUGCCGCCUCUGCUGCUCGCUGUGUCCGUGGAAGCCUGAUGGAGAUGAAACGCCAGGAUUGGAAUACCUCCACGGAGAGCAUCUCCAUCCUAUAAUGUGAGGCAGCCGGCAGCACACCGGCAUCAGGGAGAAGUGUCAUCCAUCUCGUUCCUCCGGAGGAGCAGGCGUGAUCCAGCGGGAGGGGAGAUCGUUUUUUAAAUUAUUCUCUGCUGUGGAGGGGAAGAAUUGUCGUCAUCCCCCAUCCAUCCUUUUUUCUCCCUCUCUCUCUCUCUGGUGCCCCCUCCGUUCUCCUCCGCCUCCACUCUCAUUUUCCCCUCGUUCUUCUAGAGGCGCUGGUUGGAAUAUCAAACCUCCAUGUAUGACAAUUUGUACCUGCAUGGAUUUGAAGACUCGGAGGCGGGCUCAGCUGAUUCCUACACUAGCAGACCAUCAGACUCAGAUGUAUCCUUGGAGGAGGAGCGGGAGGUGCAGGCCCAGGUCCAGAACCAGAGCCCAAGCCAGAGCCAAGGACCGGGACAGAGCCGCCAGGAGAGGGAGCAGCAGGCUGCUGUUCAGCUGGAAAGAGCCAAGAGUAAACCCGUGGCAUUUGCCGUGAGGACCAACGUCAGCUACUGUGGAGCUCUGGAUGAGGAUGUUCCUGUCCCGGCCACGGCCAUCUCCUUUGACUCCAAGGACUUCCUCCACAUAAAAGAAAAGUUCAACAACGACUGGUGGAUUGGGCGGCUGGUGAAGGAAGGCUGUGAGAUCGGCUUCAUUCCCAGUCCUCUGAAACUGGAGAACAUCCGGCUUCAGCAGGAGCAGAAGAGAGGACGAGUCCAAGGUAAGUCUGGAGGAAACUCCUCUUCCAGUGUGGAGGAUGAGGUUUCUGCCUCUAUCCGACCACUCAUAUCCUCCGCAGGAAAGCAGAAACAGAAAGUGACGGAGCACAUCCCACCAUAUGACGUGGUUCCCUCCAUGAGGCCCGUAGUGCUGGUGGGACCGUCACUCAAAGGUUACGAGGUGACAGACAUGAUGCAGAAAGCUCUCUUUGACUUCCUGAAGCACAGAUUUGAUGGCAGGAUCACUAUAACACGAGUCACUGCUGACAUCUCAUUGGCCAAGAGGUCGGUUCUCAACAACCCCAGUAAGCGGGCCAUCAUCGAACGCUCCAACACUCGCUCCAGUUUAGCUGAGGUACAAAGUGAGAUUGAAAGGAUCUUUGAGUUGGCCCGCUCCCUGCAGCUGGUGGUGCUGGACGCCGACACCAUCAACCACCCGGCUCAGCUCCUCAAAACCUCUCUGGCUCCCAUCAUCGUUCACGUCAAAGUCUCCUCACCAAAGGUUCUGCAGAGGUUGGUCAAGUCCAGAGGGAAGUCCCAGAGCAAACACCUGAAUGUCCAGCUGGUGGCAGCAGAAAAACUGUCCCAGUGUCCACCUGAAAUGUUUGACAUCAUCCUGGACGAGAACCAGCUGGAGGACGCCUGUGAGCAUCUCGCUGAAUACCUGGAGGCCUACUGGAAAGCCACCCACACCUCCAUGGCAACCCCGCUGAACCCUCUGAUGGGUCGGAACCUGGGCUCCACCGCGCUCACGCCCUACUCCACCAGCAUCUCUGGUCUGCAGAGCCAGAAAAUGCGACAGAGCAACCACACAGGAGACAACUCCACCCCAAACGAGCGGCGCAACCUGAUGACGUCCGACGAGAACUACCACAACGAGCGAGCGCACAAAGGACACAACCGCAUGUCCUCGGGCUCGCAGCACAGCCGAGAGCAGCAGGACCCCUACCAGGACUACCAGGACCCUUAUCAGGACGCGUACAAGCCACACCGUAACCGCAGCUCGCCGGGCAGCUACAGCCACGACUCCCGGCACCGGCUCUAAGCCCACGUCUGCCACCGCCAGGACCCGAACCAGCCAGGUUCCUCUCUAAGUAGACCUGCGACAGAGCCAAGAUGGUCCCAAAUUGUACCUUUUGUAAAAGCCUGGCGGUCUCUCUCCUCAAGUUGAAUAGGUUUCCUGUUUUUAACCGAGCUGUCGGUCAGCAGCAUGAAGUCAACGAUGAUUAACACAACGCCUCCUCACCGGCCUUCUGGGAUUUCAUCAACAGCUCAGCAGGCGAGCAGCCCGGAUCGCUCAGGAAGCUAAUCCGGGCUAACGGCGUUCGGUGGCUUUUAGGUUCCUGGAGCAUCUCAGACUGCUGCCCCCCCAAUUCCGGGCAUGUAAAAUCCUCAUUUUAGCUUAUUGCAUGCUAAUAGUUGAUCAUGCUAAUAGCUGGUCUGCUAAUAGGUGAUCGUGCUAAUAGUUGAUCAUGCUAAUAGCUGGUCUGCUAAUAGGUGAUCGUGCUAAUAGUUGAUCGUGCUAAUAGCUGAUCAUGCUAAUAGCUGAUCAUGCUUAUAGCUGAUCAUGCUAAUAGCUGGUCUGCUAAUAGCUGAUCAUGCUAAUAGCUGAUCAUACUCUGCAUCUCUGAUACUUUGUACCUAGCAUUCUGGAUCGUUCCAUGUUGAGGUGGCGGGUUUGUGGUCUGGCAGGUAGCUUUGAGAACUGGUGCUCCACCCCCCACUCCAGACACGAUUCUGCUGUCUGUAAGUCACUUUGAGCAAGGCCAGCUUCUCUGUAGCACAGCUUCUGGCGUCUGAUCUGAGGGGAAACCUUCGUGGUUAUGAAGCGAGCCGAUGCAGAUGGUGCUGAGAUCAGACGUGAGUCCGUCUGGAAGCAAAAUGCUACCAGAGAUUUUGAAGGUUCAUUUUAGGAGGAAGACCUCCUUAGGGUGGUUUUAAUGGUAACACCCCUUUCCCUUCCACAAAGCCAGUAUUUCACUGGGAUGCAACUGUAGACGUUUGUCUGUGAGGGUUCUUGCUUCCUUUGCUGUCAUGUUGCUUUAAUUUAAAACAUGUUCAGAACCUCUGCUGGACAAACCUCCUCUGGAAAGUCAGUGCUGCCAACAUCUAGAAGAGUUCUCAAACCUUUUCACCUAGCUUCUGAGUCCAAAUGCCACGAGACAACGUUGGGAGUUCUUCACUGAUCAAAUAGCAAAAUGAGACAAAAUCGGUAGAGGCUGAGGUCGUUGGACAACCAGCUGUAAGCAGAGCCCUUCACUCGAGUCCUCCUGUCUGGAGUUCGGUGGAGGAGGCAGUGGCCGCUCUGGCGUUGUGUGAUUCGCCCACAGGUGUCUACGUGUUCCAUUAAGGGAAGCUUUCCGAUUGGUCAGAUCUUCCUCAGGCCUGGUUUCUUUCCUGAGGAGAUGCAGCGGAAAGAAUCAGGAAGCAACAGGAGGAGGUGUGGGACGAUGGAGCAUUGACCUUAUGUCCACAAUCCAACACAAAAAGGUCAAAGUUCAUUCAGCCUCCUCAUACUUAGCCUGAUCCUACAGAGGAAGGUGUCAGCAGAUCAGAUCUGAUAAAAGGAUCCGGACUCGGUACCCGUCUGAUGACCCGGCCACAUUGGGUCGCAUUUGCAGGUUUUUGCAGCCCCCUGAAAUACUGACUGGUGAUUUAGUUUCCCAUCAUCUGUGACUUGGGAUUGAAACCGAAGAGGUGCGACACGUCGGGAUCAGCUGCAUCGUGUCUGUUCUCCUUGUAGCUGGCAUGUUCUCCCGACCGCAGAGCAUGAUCCCUCCAGAUGUAACGUAGAACCCCGCCACGCUCCUGGAAUCGGUCACAAGUGUGCAUGACUUACACGUGGAGCCACCACAAACAAAGGUUUUAUAUAUUCAGUUUAGGGGAUUUUUAAAAAAUGCACUGAAGAUCUGAGUUUACCAAACCAUCAUGGUGCUUGUUUGGAAACAGAACGCUGCUGUAACGAUGUUUGUAAUCCGCUUGUUAUGGUUUACUGUACAUAUUCGUUUAAGAUCAGUUAUCCUGAGAUUAUAAUUUAUUUAGAGUUGCUUAAAGAGAUUUGUCUAUUUUCUAACUGGUGUUUUAUUGGCCCCGCCUCUAAGGUGUCCUCACCUGUGUGAAAUAUAACAGGUAAACGUUAAUGAUGAGUUCAGUAGAAUCUGACGAACGUUUGGACUUUUAACACGAAAACGGCUUUACUCAUCGAGUCAGUCGACUUUAAGCCUUCUAAUCGGGGAAGACGCACUUCCUGUUGGCUCUGGUUUGCAUCAGAACUGGAGCGAAGAUGUUCUCCCUGGCGUGACGAAGUAUUCAGAUGAAAACUUUACUCUCGUCUAAGAUCUACACGACGUGUUUCAUCCGUUCAUAUAAAGUAGGCUUGAGUCUGAAGCUGGUAGUGACACGUUAACUGCCGGGUUCCUUCGGGACUAGAGGAUGUAGCAGCUGCUAGUGGAUCACUAGAUGGCAGCAGGAGUAGCAAAGAGACGCCUUAAAGGUGGAAUAGGAGAUGUUUUUCUGGCUUCCCAAAGCCAGUUUUCUAAAUCCAAAUGGGAAAGAUGGGUUAAGUUCUACGUGUUCGACCCAAAGAUGGCACCUUCUCUGUCGUAAUUCUUAACGUAACGCACCAAGGUGACAGUGCGCUAGCUAAUACAGCUAGCCCGGCUCAGCUGCUCCAAGCCAAGAGCAAGUGAUGCAUGCUCGUAGAGAGGGGAGGGGCAUUUUAAUGGAUGAAUCAGGGACCAAUCACUAAGAAUGGGACGUUGAUGAUGGUUGGAUGAGGCUUUUCCACGAUCGUACGUUUCAGAGACGAUAUUAAACUGUUCCCUUUUGACUAAACGUUUAUUUUACUGGUCAGUUAAAAACUCCAGGAACACAUCUCCUAAGCGUCUUUAAGACGUCCAGACAUGUCUGUAAUGUCUGGAGAUGAGAUUUUAUACACAAGUAUUUCCCGUUCACCACAGUCUUCCAGCCCUUAGCCAUCGCCCCUCCCUUUGGCCAGGUCAAAGUGUGUCAUCGUUUUCAACGUUUCCUCUACAGCUAGCUUAAAUGCUGUUUUAUAUCGGCCAUGCACAACGACGGCUCCGUCCGACGCAGGAGUCCCAGUUCUAUCUGGUCGAGCAGAAAAGUCUCGGAUACAAAUGAAAGUAUUCUUAUUUUGGGGCAAAUGUUCCAGUAAUCUGAAGCUAACGUAUGUCUACAGAGGACUUUGUGGAUAUUUGCUCACGCAUCUCGUGCCCCUUCAGAUUCCCAUUGGUUGAUUUAAAAGCUGAAGCUAACCGAUGUCGAGCCGGGCUCUUCGAGACAAUCUAGCGCUACACCAUCCCACUCCUUUAUUUAGCUGCUUGUUUUAACUCCCACCGUUCAGAGUCCCGGUUUUGUUUCAUUCGUUGGUUUCAAGUCGUUUUUACUUCUUUGGUAAACCUUAACAAAAAAAAAAAGCAAAUAGGUGCAAUAUUUCUCCCAGUAGAAAAGCGAUAGAUGAAUAUUUCCUGGUGAUUAUUUUUAUAAUGAAUAAAUAAAUAAAUGUACAUAAAGUCUCAGAGAGAAGCAUUUUGUUGUACCUGUGCUGGGGCGAGACGGCAGCCCAAGUGGGACAAGCGGCGAGGUCCAGUAUACAAAGUUUCAGCCACACGGCAUGCCGUUUUAAACGAGGAACUUCACGUACUGUUCUAUGCAACCGCUGACUGUGUUCAUCGCUUCAUGCUGUGGCUUCUCCAAACGCUUCCGAGCAGCUUCAUCUGGACACCCGAGGACGUUUGUGUUGGUCUCUUUUGUUCUGUGGAAAAUGAAAACGUAAGCGGCUGAUGCGGUAUUGCAUGCCUAAUGUACCAUUUUAAUUUAUAAAAAGGACUUAAGGAGAAAAUAAGAUGUGAAAUCUGAGUGUCAGACACUCAAACGGAUCUUUUUCAAAAUAAAGGAGACUUUGUGGAGUUGUA